AUGACGGCAUUCUCCACGUUUUUGAAACUUAAAAAUUCAGACAAGUUUAAGUGCCGUGAAGAACAUCGAGCGGCUUUCACACAAAUCAAGGUUGCUUUUGCGACUUCGCCAGUCCUCGUACCGCCUCGGCGUGAUAAACCCCUUAAGCUUUACAUUUCGGCGGCUGAAGAAUCCAUCGGCUGCCUCCUUGCACAAGAUACUGAUGCUGGGCGAGAACAAGCUAUUUUCUAUCUCAGCAGACACCUCAACCCUCCAGAGAUCAAUUAUUUGCCCGUCGAGAAACUUUGUUUGGCUUUGUUCUUCGCCACAUCAAAACUCCGACACUAUAUGCUCCCAUCCAUUACACAGGUCAUUGCCCAGACAGAUGUUAUUCGAUAUAUGCUUACUCGGCCAAUAGUCAAAGGCCAAAUCGGGAAAUGGACAAUGGCAUUAUGCGAGUUCAGUUUGCAGUACGUCCCACAAAAAGCCGUCAAAGGAUAA